AUGAAAGAAAGAAGGGUGGGUGGUUAGCCAGAUGAUUCAAAGACUAAUUAGCUUUAACAAAAAUAAAAAUAGCAGAUACUUUAGAAAAAACCAACUGAUAACACAAAGCUUAAUCCUUAAGAUGAUGAUGAUAAUUAAUCUGUUUCAAGUUUAUCCUCAACAUCUAACAAGGAAUAAGUUUAGCCUUCAGGAGGAAAUGUAAUCGUUGUUUGCAGAGCUAGACCUUUUAACAAAAAAGAGAUCGAGAUGGGAGUGCAACAGAGUGUAGAAUUCGGUGGAGAUAAAAAGACAAUAACAUUGAAACUUACUCAAGACAAAGAGGGUGGAUUUGGUACUAAUAAAUUCACAUAUGAUCGAGUAUUUGACAUGAAUUCAAAUCAAAAGGAGGUCUAUGACUUGGCUGCUAAGCCUAUUAUUGAUAGUGUGCUUGAGGGAUUUAAUGGUACUAUUUUUGCAUAUGGGCAAACAUCAUCUGGUAAAACGCACACCAUGCAAGGCCCAGACAUCGAAAACUUAGAGAUGCAAGGUAUCAUACCUAGAAUGGUUCGAACUGUAUUCAAUAGAAUUGAGACUGCUAGUGAAAAUAUGGAAUUUACAGUGAAGUUAUCAAUGAUAGAAAUUUACAUGGAAAAGAUAAAGGAUUUACUAGAUCCCUCAAAAGAUAACCUUAAAAUACAUGAAGAUAAGACUAAGGGAGUUUAUAUAGCCGAUGUAACAGAGACUUAUGUAUCUGAAGAGCUAGAAGUAUAGGAAAUAAUGAAGCUAGGAAAUUCGAAUAGAUCAAUAAGUGCUACUCUAAUGAAUGCUGAAUCUUCCAGAUCUCAUUCCAUAUUUAUUCUAACAGUUACCUAGAAUAAUCUUGAAGAUCUUUCCUGCAAGACUGGUAAAUUAUAUUUAGUUGAUCUUGCUGGUUCAGAAAAAAUUUCAAAAACAGGGGCUGUUGGUUAGACAUUAGAUGAAGCAAAGAUGAUAAAUAAAUCCCUUACUACCUUAGGAAAAGUUAUUACAUCUUUGACUGAUAAAAAAUCAAGUCACAUUCCAUAUAGAGAAUCUAAAUUAACAAGAAUUCUUCAAGAAUCCCUUGGAGGAAAUUCAAGAACAUGUUUGAUUAUCACUUGCAGUCCUCACCCAUAUAAUGAAAAUGAAACUUUGUCCACUCUAAGAUUUGGUUAAAGAGCAAGAAAUAUCAAGAAUCAACCUAAGAUGAAUAAAGAAUAUACUGUUCCUGAAUUGAAAAGGCUUCUUGAAAAAGCAGAGGCUGAUUUAGACAUACAAAAGUGUAAAGUAAAAGCACUUGAAGGAAUUAUUAUGGAAUUGGGGGGGAAUUUACCAAAGGAUGAGGAAAUGGCAAUUAUAGCUGAGAGAUAACGUGAAGAGAUGGAGAGGAUGAUGGAAAAACUAGAGCAGCAAUAAUAGCCAAUUGAAGAAGAAACAAAGGAGGAUGAUGUAUCUACUGAGUAAUCACAAGCAGACUAAUAAUAGCAGAAUUAGAUGAUAAACUCAGAGUUAUUACAGGAUAAAAUUGAUUAGAUAGAAAUCCUAGAAUCUUAAUUGAUGAGGGAAAGAGAAAAGCUAAGGAGCUUUGAGAAGUAAUAUGCCGACUUAAACGAAGAAUACACAAUCUAAGUAGCAAAGUACAAUUAACUCUUGAUUGAUAAAGACUCCAUAGCCCAGAAAAACAAAGAUUAUAUCUAUAAAAUGCAAAUGCUUAAUGAGAAAUUGUAGGAUAAGGAUGAAAAAAUUGAAUAAUAGGGUUAAAAGGAAAACCAUAUUUUAAUACCAAAAGAUGGUAAAAGAUAAUCUCUAGAGGAUAAUAAGCAAAGCUCAGUAGCAGAUGAAGAAUACCUUAACAACCUUCAGGAAGAAGUAAGAAAGCUUCAUUACUAACUCAAAUAAAAAGAUAUGAUAGUUGAAAAGCUAAAAUAAGCUCUGAUUGAGUACUAAGACCAAGUUCCAGAUCAAAAUGCAUUCAAUGAGGAAAAUAAUGGUUCAAUGUCGAUGAGAAGAUUGCAUUCAUUACUGGAUAAAGAUGAAACUAUGGAGAAGGAUACAAAAUUAUACGAAUCAUAAGUCCUAAAAAUGCUAUUAUCAGAUGAAAGUCACAUUUUCAAUGAGGAAAAGCUAAAGAAUCUUAGCUAGGGUGUUCUUUUUAAUACAAAGGACUUAAAAACAAUUUUUAAUCACUAGAAUGAUUUGAAAACUAAAAUUCUAAAUUUUGAAGAAUCCUCAAAAGAACUGCUAUAAUAAAUUGAGUCCUAUAAAACAGAAUUAAAAGCUUAGAUGGAAAGAGAAAUGCCAAAUAUAGAGGAAAUCACUGCUAAAAUAGUUAAAGAAAAAGUGAAUGAGGAAAAAAAGAAAUUUGAUUAUGAAAGAGAGCAAAUGAUAAGAGAUCUCUAGAAUAGAGUUGAAAAGGUAUUAAGGCUUGAAAUGGAGUUAGAUGAAGUAAAAGAUGCUUAUAGAGCUCUUGAAUCUUCACUUUCAAGAGAUGAAUAGUAAUAUAAACAGAGAGCAUUAAAACUUGAGAAAAGCUUUGAACAAAUUACUGCAAUGUACCAGUAGGUUAUAAGCGAGAAAUCUAUUUUGAAAGUUGACUUGCAAGUAUCAGAGAAAAAAAUGCAAAGAAAAGAGGAAAAAAUAACUUAACUUGAAAAAAGUUUAGCCAUAUCGAGGGAGAAGUAGAUGUAAUCUCUAGGGCCUGCUGGAGGGAUGUAUGAAUAAGACGGAGGUUUUAAAGGAGUAAGCAAGAUAGCUAAGCCAAUUAGAGGUGGAGGAGGUAAGAGAUUAGUCACUCCAAGAAGUACUUUAUAACCAGCUUAAAUUCAGCAAAACUAGCAAUUAAACUACGAGCUUCUUAGAGAAAGACCACGCUGA